AUGGGGUAUGGAGGUGAUCAGGACGCUGGUAUGGGGUAUGGAGGUGAUCAGGACGCUGGUAUGGGGUAUGGUGGUGAUCAGGACGCUGGUAUGGGGUAUGGAGGUGAUCAGGACACUGGUAUGGGGUAUGGAGGUGAUCAGGACGCUGGUAUGGGGUAUGGAGGUGAUCAGGACGCUGGUAUGGGGUAUGGUGGUGAUCAGGAUGCUGGUAUGGGGUAUGGGGGUGAUCAGGACGCUGGUAUGGGGUAUGGUGGUGAUCAGGACUCUGGUAUGGGGUAUGGUGGUGAUCAGGACACUGGUAUG